AAUGCCUAGUUUCUGUCACUGUGUUAAUUGAAUGAAAGUUGGAUUCUUCACUCGACAACAUUGAACAUUCUGUUUGUUUGCGCAGCUGAGAAAAGUGAUCCUUCGCUUUUCGCGCAUCGAGUUAGUCAAGGUAGCUGCGGCGGCCACGAUCCGAGCACCACGUGUCCACGUAGGACACCGUAGUGUGAGAGUCCACACGUACACAUCUAAAAAUACUUGGGCAGUCCUGUGUGUAGUCGUGCGAUCACGCCGAUGCGAUCCGAUCGGUCGUCCCGCGCAACGGGAUGGAUCUGUCGCGGUAUCGCAAAUUCAUCAUCUACGUGUUGACGUUCCUGGCGUACGCGUGGUCCGGCUAUGGCUCCGGAUUGCUGUCGAAUCUGCGGGACGCCGUGUUGGCGGCAGAGUCCGUCUUUCACGACUUCUUCGAGAACGCCAUCACCGUAGCUAGGAAAAUCAAGGACAUACACGAGGUGUUCGACGCCGCCGUGGAGGAGAACUGCGUCUUCCAAUGUCCCGACGGGUCCGCGCCGAAACCAGACUGGAAUCACAAGCCGCGAAGCAACGGAUGCGGCUCCCUUGGAAUCGAGGUAAGUCAAGAAUACCUCCCGUUGGCUGAGAUGACCAAGUGCUGCGACUUCCAUGACAUUUGCUACGACACCUGCAACACCGACAAGGAGAAGUGCGAUCUGGAAUUCAAGAGGUGUCUGUACAAGUUCUGCGACACGUAUCAAACCACUGGCUUGACGAUCGUCAACGCGUGCAAGGGCGCGGCAAAGGUACUCUUCACAGGAACGACCGCGCUCGGUUGCAAGAGUUUCCUUGACGCUCAAAAGGAGGCUUGCUACUGCCCGGACAAGGGCAGUACCCGCAAGAACAAGAAACCGAAGAAAGCGGCGCAGGCAGGUGGCGAAUUAUAACGUCGCGUCUAACAUAAGAUAAAUCGAUGUAUUUAUUUGUCAAAAUGUGUGUGUAUUGCGUUGUCGAUAGAAUUAUGUCAAGUAUUACGCGAAGAAUCUAACGCGGACUUUCAAGCGGAUUCAGCGUGGCAGAAUCAGAUCGAUGUAUCCUCUGUACGAUAUAGAAAUUUUGUUACAAACGAAACAAUAAUACUCGUCAUAAUUAUAAUUAA